AUGUUUCAUAGAAAUGUAAGAAAAUUGAAUUCUAAAGACGAAGCUCCUAAAGAUGGAGGCUCUAAAGAUGAAAUUCCUAAAGAGGAAAGUUCUAAAGACGAAGUUCUUAACGAUGGAGGCUCUAAAGAUAAAAUUCUUAAAGAAGGAAGUUCUAAAGACGAAGUUCCUAAAGAUGGAAGAGGUUCUAAAAAUGAGGAUUCUAAAGGUGAAAUGAUGCUUGCACAAAUAAUAGCAAGUUAUUCUUGCUCGGGUGCUGAGAUUCCAGAUUCGGAUUGUGCAAAUGUAUUAAGUUAUGUAAGGUGCACUGAUGAAUUGGCCGUUAAAUUGUAUUAUAUAUUUGAUACUCUGAGGCAAUUCGGUUAUUUAAUUGCUAAACCAUGUUUAUUAUACCUUGCAUAUCAACGAUGUUGUGCAAUCCCUAAACUUACUGCACGGUUCUUAUCAAGUGGAGGUCAAUCAUUUAAUUACUUUAUUAUUAUAACUCGUCUAUCAGAAUGGCUUGUAUGGUUUAGCAUCGCCAUUUAUAACUGUGCAAAAUGCCAAGGAUCAUAUUGUGGUCCUCAAUGUGAAUUCAUACCUACAACUUUUAUGAUAAAUGACUUGAUAGCGACCGUCUUCCGCAUUUAUUACAUUCUUCUGGAACUUACUUUUUAUAUCAAUCUGUUUAGAAUGAAUCAAAAAAAUCUUACCCCAGGAAUGCGCCAAGAUAUUCGUAUGCAGAAAAUUCUAUUCAGCAUUGAUGUGUUGCAACUUUUAGCAAUGUCCACGUAUCGAAUUGUAGGACUUGCAAAAAAAGGAACACCAACUUACUUAUAUCUUGAACUUUCUAGUCUUGCCUUUACUGUGUUUGUAAUGACUAGGUUUUGGCAUAGAGUUAUGGAGUUAUUAAUUCCAGGUAAUAAUGAUCCAGCAGGCAAUGAUAAACCCGCGAAUAAUAAUGAACUAGAAUAA